GCUCAUUAGCUCGCUCAGGCAGAUGGUGGUGCGGUAGGAACAGGAUGGUGGUCUGUACUACAUAUGUGCCACGUCUGUGAGGAAACUGCUGGACGUUACUGGACAGCUGUAGAGGUUGAUCACUGUGACCAGUCCAGCCAAAUCCCAUGACAACUUGGUGGAGAAAUUAAAAGGAUGCUGGACUUCUGGGAUGCAACAAGAAAAACAAGAAAAAAAGAAAGACAUGCAGGUUUGGAACAACAUGAGGUGUUCUCCAUCCAUCUGUUAGUGGUAGUUUUGGCAGUGCCCUAUCAGCACGAGUGCCAAAUCAAAAGCACCUGUAAGACUCUUCUUUGCCAAACCAUAAACAAACACGCCACACCAACUGCCAGUUUUGUCUUUCAAAAGAAAAAUAAGACAUCACCCAAUGCAACUGAUGAAACACAGCGACAGAAGCCUUAGGCCCUGGUGCAGAGAUGUUUUCCACAGCUCUUCCUACUCGAAAGCGUCGGCGGCCCGAAGUCGCCUUCAAUCAGGGUCGCGAGGAGGUGAAGUUCGGGGAUGUGAAGGUGUACCUGGUGGAGAGGAGGAUGGGAAAAAGCAGGAGGAAUUUUCUCUCUAAUCUGGCCAGAUCAAAGGGGUUCUGCGUGGACGACGCUCUCAGCGGUAACGUGACUCACGUCGUGUCUGAGGGAAACGCAGCGCAGGAACUCUGGAACUGGCUGGAGGAGCAGGGAUUCGGAGAGAUGCAAGACAAACACGUGCUGAAUGUCAGCUGGUUUACUGAGAGCAUGAGCGCUGGACGGCCCGUGCCUGUGGAACUGAGACAUUACAUACAAAAUCCUGCUGCAGAUCAGAGGUCAUGUGCACAUCCGUCAGCCAAACCAGAGUCUGCUGUGUCUCCAUACGCCUGCCAGAGAAGGACGACAAUGGAUAACCACAAUAAGAUCUUUACAGAUGCGUUGGAGGUCCUGGCAGAGAACAUGGAGUUCAGCGGGAACCAAGGGCCAUGUCUGGCGUUUCGGAGGGCCGCAUCAGUGCUCAAGAGUCUCCCUGCUGCCCUACAAUGCCUGGAGGAGAUGCACCGUCUGCCCUGUCUGGGAGAACACAGCAAGGCCAUCGUGGAGGAUAUCUUUGAAUGCGGAUCAUCCUCCAGAGUUGAAGAGAUACUGAAUGACGAGAAGUAUCGAACUAUGAAGUUAUUCAGCAGUGUGUUCGGGGUUGGACCCAAAACCGCAGAGAGCUGGUACUAUAGAGGACUCCGGACGUUUGAACAGGUUCUGACUGAACCCAGCAUCAGACUGAACCGCAUGCAGACCGCAGGGUUCUUGUUCUAUGAGGACAUCAGUAAGCCGGUGAGCAGGACAGAGGCCAGCGCACUGAAGAUUAUAGUGGAGGAAGCUGUUAUCUGUGUCAACCCGCACGCCACUGUCAACGUUGCAGGAGGAUUCCGCAGGGGAAAGGAGUUUGGUCAUGAUGUGGACUUCAUCAUAAAAACACCUGAGCCAGGACAAGAGGAUGCAAUUCUGCCUGCGGUGAUUGAACGAUUUAAAAGCCAGAACAUCCUGCUGUACUCAGACUUCCAGGAGUCGACCUUUGACCUGAAGCAGAUGCCGACUCAUCAGUUUGAGGCCAUGGAUCAUUUCAGCAAGUGUUUCCUGAUAGUGAAGCUGAAGAGAGAGCAAGAGAGCCGGGAGCGAGAAACGGACACAGGAGCGAGUCGGGACUGGAAAGCCGUGCGUGUGGAUCUGCUGGCUCCUCCGGUGGAGCGCUACGCCUACGCCCUGCUGGGAUGGACGGGCUCCACGCUGUUUGAAAGAGACCUGAGACGAUUUGCCAGGCUGGAGCGAGGAAAACUGCUGGACAAUCACGUGCUGUAUGACAAAGCAACGAAAACCUUUUUGCCUGCUAGCACAGAAGAGGACAUCUUUGCCCAUUUGGGUUUAGAGUUUAUUGAACCCUGGCAAAGAAAUGCCUAGUUUGACUCAGAUUCAGCAGCAUCAGCGGGAGCCUUCAGAAUGAAGCUGACUCACACUGAAACAGCUGCUGUAUGAUUUGACCAGCCAGCGUGAGGAUUAUUGAUAGUUCAUGUGUUGUUAUUUUCUUUGUUUACCAAAAGUAUUUGUACUCACUUAAAAAAAGUGUCACUGCAUUAGUAAGAAAACAUCACAGCGUAUUUGAAAGAAAGAUGCACAAGCACACUUUUCAAAGCAUUUAACAAAAAGUGUGUUGGGUUUUAAAUCCGAUGUGUGUAAUUUCUGUGGCUGCAAAAGUAAUGAUUGCUUACUGUAUAUACCGAUUUCCUAAAAGUAUCUUUAAAAUCACCCACUUUUCAGAAUUUAAUUAACUGAUGAUGGAUAGAGUAAAAGUCCCACUCUAAUUUUUUUUCUCUGUUUUGUUUGGAAAUACACUAUCAUUCAAAAGUUUGCGGUCGAUACGAUUUUUUAAAAAAUGUUUAAAGAAGUCUCUUCUGCUCACCAAGGCUGCAUUUAUUUGAUCAAAACUACAGUAAAAAUUGUGAAAUAUUAUUACAAUUUAAAAUAGCUGUUUUCUAUUUGAAUAUCCAGUAAACUGUAAUUUAUUCCUGUGAUCAAAGCUGAAUUUUCAGCAUCAUUACUCCAGUCUUCAGUGUCACAUGAUCCUUCAGAAAUCAUUCUAAUAUGCUGAUUUGCUGCUCAAGAAACAUUUCUGAUUAUUAUCAAUGUUGAAAACAGUCGUGCUGCUUCAGAUUUUUGUGGAAACCAUCAUACAUCAGUAUUCUUUCAUGAAUAGAAAGUUCAAAAGAAAAAUAUUCAUUUGAAAUAGAAAUCUUUUGUAACAUUAUAAAUGUCUUUACUGUCACUUUUGAUCAAUUUAAUGUGUCCUUGCUGAAUAAAAGUAUUUUUUUCUUUUAAUCUUACUGACCCCAAACCUUUGAAAAGAAGUGUGUGUCAAAUUAUUACAUUUAAAAUGGGUUGCAAACAUUUACUUUAAGCUGUAGUUUGGCAAAUUCUCUUCAUUUAAAUAGAUGAUUAAUAUUCAACUUUUCCUUCUCUUAGUCUCUCAAACAUUAGUUUAGUUAGUAGAGUUACAUGAUAUUACACCAGAGCAGCCUUUUAAUGUUCAUUUAUCAAUAGACCUUUUGAACAUAAGUGAAUGUUAAUCAAAAUAUGAUUUAAAUUAGUAGAAAUAAUCAUGGCUUGGCUAUAUAUUUAAAUAACUCAAAUUUGAUUAAUUAUAAUGGAAAUUAUGUAAAGAUGUUACACCGUAAGGCACCGCAUGUUUAAUUUAGUGAGCGCUGUAGACAUGGUGUGAUAUUUAAACACUCAUUUCAUGUUUGUUUGAUUGUAAAUGCUGAUAUUCACAUCACUGUGAGACUUCAUUGCAUGCACACCUCUUCAUCGUGUUAUGUCUGUUAUUCAAGUCAAAAUGACGACUCCAUUGAGCAUAGUGUAACCCAUGAUGUCGUAAGGUCCAGAUCUUCCUAUUUAAGGAUCUUUAAGUAGAACAGCACAGGCAUUUCCAGGACUCGACCCGAGGGCCUCUCUUUCUCUCUCUUGCCCUCUUUUUAUUUCUGACCCUUUCCAAAACACACACAGCAAAACCACAGAGCGUCAUUCCUGUGAACCGGACUGAACCGGCUCGAGCAUUCAAACUGGGUUAGCUACUGUUGUGUUGGCAUUAAAUUACUUUACAAUGAAUUUUACAGCCCACAGCAACACCACAAUUCCCACCAGACUCUGCUGUGCUGUGUUUUGGAUGAGUAAUCUUCCGUAACAAAAGAAUCAUUCAAUUCUGACUUUGCUAUUAUAGUUAACUCUUUCCCCGCCAUUGAUGGAAUUUUCCCCGCCAUAAUCCGUGUUUUCACUGUUAUACGGUAGGGGGUGCUAUUACGCAUCUUCUGAAAGAGUACAGAAUCUCCGGAUCAAAACACAGACGAAGAAGAAGCAGAAACAAGUGACAGAUGCAUGCUGACGCACAUGUAAAAUGACACGUCAAUCAAACAUUCAAUAGCAUGUAAAUCAAAACUGCCUAACGUUAACGAAUGAAAUAUCGAUCAAUAAAGAGGAAACGACUGUGAAGUUUUAGGGGUGUUGAUGGACUCGAUCUGCUCCAUCUGUGUUUUAAAGGAUUAGUCCACUUUCAAAUAAAAAUUUCCUGAUAAUUUACUCACCCCCAUGUCAUCCAAGAUGUCCAUGUCCUUCUUUCUUCAGUCGAAAAGAAAUUAAUUUUCCAGGAUUAUUCUCCUUAUAGUGGACUUCAAUUGACCCCAAACAAUUGAAGGUCAAAAUUACAAUUUCAGUGCAGCUUCAAAGGGCUUUAAACGAUACCAGACGAGGAAUAAGGGUCUUUUUCCUACCCUGAUUUUAGCCCUCUGAUCUGAACGCUCUGUUUUAAGGGGCGUGCCUGCUGUGAGACUUCAGUGUAAACGCCCACUGCUGUGAUUGGCUGACAUCUUUGCCUAUAAAAUAGCUAAGUAUUACUCUCUCAAAAACUUUUAGCAUGUUUUUACUAUCACAGCAAGGUUAACUAAUCAUGAAAAGUGUUGAUUAUAGCAUUACAUUUAGAUCGUGGCAUGAAAGGUUGCAGUGAUGAAAUUUGUAGUCAAUCACAGACAUGUUGUUGAGCGCAUGAAAGCAGUGAUCUCGUCAUUGCAACUCAAUUUCUGCACACUAACGAAUGCUUUCAUCAUAACUAACAGUGCAAACGUGAUGUAACUAAGAGAUUUGUUUAAUAAAAUGGGAGUUUUGGUGUGAGUCCAGAACUCAGUCACUGAUAAACUCAUGUUGUUUGAUUGACAGCUCCAGCGACUGUAAAGGGAGCGUUCUUUGAUCGCUUUCUAUAUAUGAUUUAAUCACCAUUUAAAUAACAGAUUAUUUUCAUCCUACUAAGAGAAACAACUUGAAGUUGACCGUUUAGUCACUGGUUUGAUUUACUGACACACAGACAAAGAUCAUCUGACUGUACAUGAAUCAUUAAUAUCAGAUCAGGCAUUAGAAUGAACACAGUUACUUACAUGUUGUUGCAUUACUGUCGAGUCCAUAUCGUAAAAGUCUGUUUGCAAAGCCUGUGCCGAAAUGCGAUUGAUUUACCAAAGAAUCCACAGUGAAAUGUACCGAAUACAAAUAAAUAAAGCUCAACUGAGACAUUCACAUUGUUGAAAAUAAAUAACCAUAUUCCUGCAUUAGGAUCCUUUGAAAGGUAAUGUUAUUUUAGUCCAGUAUCGCUCUUCUCUCCUCCUUAUCUCUCUAACACACCAGUGGGCGGGGCUAACAUUGCAAUGAUGAAGUAGGCGUUGAUUUCUUCUGUGGAGGUGGCGUUUCACCUAUCUAUCAUAGAUAGGCACAUUCCAGGAUCAGUCGUUCGCUGGGCCUGGUGUCAAUAAAAGCUUUUAUUGGACUAACAAGGAAGUUUUCAGUUCUGAAACUUACAGGAUAUUCUUAUAGUACGAUGACCUCUUAUAUAUCAAAAGCUCAAGGAAAAGUUGAUUUCUCAAUUUAUGACCCUUUUAAAACUGUGUAAUGGAAAUUUCACAUGCAGUUCAAGCACAUGAAUCUUAAAUUUAGGCCUAAAUAUUUGUGACUCAAACAAUAUUGAGACUUUAAAAUCAAAACUCUUUCUGUUUACUUUUUAUAAUAAAUUUCUGGUCCAUUUGUGUGUGGUUUAUCAGUGCAUAAAAUAAGUUUUAUGGGACUUCUCACCAUCAUCAAUGAACUCUUGCCGCGCACCUUCUUUCUCAUUCAUCUCGGCACUGGUUGGUUUGUUUCGCAGUACUUGUUGAAAUGCCUUUGGAGAAAAUAAAUGGAAAAAAUACUUCCGGAUCCAAAGCUGAUUGAAAAGUGAGUGAUUACUGAUCCACACUUUGGCUUUGUUGCCGCUUAUAGUGAUGCAGGAAUUACACACAAAUCUCUUCUGCUGAUUUAUUUUGCUUUGUUUUAACAGUCUUUUAUUAUGAUGCUGGUGUAGAAAGUUAGAAUAUGAAGAUCAGCAUCCUUUAGGACUGUGUUCUUGCACAAAUCUCAAGUCUGUGUGAACAAAUGGAUCUGAUUAUUAUCUGGACAUGAUUGUCUGGAUGCUGUUCUGUGUGCUGAUUCAGGCUGGCAGGGAUUUUAUUGUGGAGGAUGUUUGCAUAUUUGUUUUGAAUAUUUAUUUGUUUUGAAAAUGAUUAGAACUCUAGCUUUGCAAAUGCUAAUCAAGUCUCUGUGUGUUUAUGAGCUUUAAUAUUGUAUGCUGUAAUUUGAAUCAGUUUAAUUUUUGUAGUUUCUCAGAGCUUUUUUUUUUUUAGUUGAAGAAAGUAAAGUUUUAAUAAAAGUUGAUUUUUGAAUAUGCUUUCGGCACAUUCAGACUUUAAAAAGCUAAUGUGCUGACAAUAAAGUUCUGCUCUGUUCUUUUCUGUCUGGUUUUAAUAAAAGACACUUUGCUGGGAGCAAGAAUCAUUUCAG